AGUCAGAGACGCGACAGAAGCAGAUAAGAAGCGUUGUUUUUUUGUUUUUUUUUAUCAACUCUCUUUUUGUAAGUACCCGUGGGAUCAAAAGUAUUUUAAUUAGCGUUUCUCUUAAGUUGGACACGUAUUUGGAUAUAUCCCGUGUGAUAAAACGCGGUAUUUGUCAGUUGUCUCAACGGAAAUCGAGGAGUUUAUUCUCUCGGAUCAGCCCGUUUCAUGCGACUAGACAGUCUCCAUCUGUCCCAUCUGCACGACAGGACGGUGAACAUCACUGGACAUUUACGGAUAGAAACUGGACGACACGCCGUAAUUUGAAUGCCUUUGCGGGGUCUUUGCUGGCUUGCGUGCUGCAGACAAGGCUUCAGUUUGCUGGCUCGGGAUCAUGGGGAGAAAGAGGAGGAAGAGUCUUUCGAGUUACGGAAUCAGGACGAGCACACACACACAGGACGGGGGCAACUAGAGGUCACUCUGUCUCAGCCCACUCGCACAGCCAACGGCACACCCUGUCUGUCAGGAGUUCCUGAGGAGAAGAGAAGUCUCAUCACACAGAAGAGUAAGAUGAAGAUGGACAAAGACAAUGAGGUGCUUAUGAAGGGCUGGCUCCUGCGGGAGGUGCAGGGAGGUUGGCUACGGCAGAGGAGGUUCUGGUUUGUGUUGACAACAGACUCUCUUGACUACUACAGCGGCCUGGACAGAGAUGCUCGCAGACUGGGCAUGCUUGUACUCACAUCCCUCUGUUCAGUGCUGUGGCCGGAUAAACACACCUACAAACAGACAGGUUACUGGAGUCUGACAGUGUAUGGCCGCAAACAUUGCUACAGACUCUUCACAAAGCACUACAAUGAGGCGGUGCACUGGGCGUGUGCUGUGCAGAAAGUCAUAGACAGCAAAGCGCCGGUCGAGACGCCAACACAGCUCCUCAUACGAGACAUUGAGGAGAAUAAAUUCAAUCCAGAGGUUGUGGAGCACAUCUAUGAGCAUAAUCCCAUCCUGAGGUACACGCAGAGCCCCCUCUAUGCCCCACUGUUGCCUUUCCCCUACGGCAGCCUCCACCACACACAUAUGGCAAGUAAAGGCUACACAUCCAUCCGUGAAGAGGCGGUGAGGCUUUUUAACUGCCUCCAGCAGUUAGAGUUGGCCCGUGAGCCCAUUCCUCUCAUACAGGGGAUUCUCCAGACCUGCCUCGACCUCCGGCUGCUCCGAGAUGAACUCUACUGCCAGCUUAUCAAACAGACCAGCGUCACCAACUUGCGUGUCCAGACACAGACGCGGACACAGCCGAAUCCGCAGCUCAGAUACUGGCAGCUGCUCACCUGCAUGAGCUGCACCUUCCUGCCCAGCUGCAGCAUACUCCGAUACCUGCGCUUUCACCUGAAGAGGGUUCAGAGUUUGAAUGUGGACCCGGAGGUGGAGAGCUACGCGUCCUUCAUAGCCCAGGCUCUGGAGAAGACACGCGGCCGUGAGUGUGUGCCCUCAUGGGAGGAGAUCCAGGGGCUGAUGGGAAGGCAGGAGAUACUGUGUACUGUGCACUACCCUGGACCGGGCUGCUGCCAGAUACCGAUCACCUCACACACCACAGCUAAUGAGGUCGUGAGGAAGAUGGCGGAACGCCUCGGGCUGCAGGAAAGCCGAAACACAUUUGCUCUUUUUGAGCAGAAUGCAUGCUGGGAAAAAGCUAUCGGAGGCAGCACCAUAAUCGCCGAUGUCAUCGCCAGAUUCGAAAAUUUGUCAGCUAAAGAUCCAGACUCUGACUGCCAGUGCCGACUCUGCUUCAAACUGUAUUGUCUGCUGGACACCGACAACAUCAGUACAGACAGCAUUGAGUACCUCUUCCUCUAUGAGCAGUGUCAUGAGAUGGUGGUGCGGGGGCAGCUGCCAGCCUGUGAGGAUGACCUUCUUUCCCUGGCGGCGUUGAGACUGCAGUGUCUACUGGGAGAUUUCAGCGCCCUCUCACCUUACCCACCCUUGGAGCAGCUCUUUCCGGCUGAAGUGGUGGAGGCCCGGGCCCUAUUGGCCCCUGUCGAUCCCCCUGGCUGCCCUUCCUUCCCCGGGGGUCUGCUGGCUGGGACGCUGUGGGGACACAAGCGGCGACAGGAACAGGACCAAAGACUGCGGGCCAGACUAAGGGAAGAGGGAGCCGUGGUGAUGUCGGCCAUUUUGGAGUGCUGGAAAGCCCUGGCGGGAUACAGUCGCAGAGACAGCAUGGCCGCCUAUCUCACCAUCGCCCGGCAGUGGUCCGGGUUUGGCUGUACGCUCUAUGAAGUGGACUUCUACAUUAGCUCGACAGGAAGCUUCUCCCAGAAGUUGUGGCUGGGCGUGGCGGCUUCCUGUGUGUCUCUGUAUCGUCAGGGUGAGGCUGAAGCGUUGGAGUCUCUGCCGAUUGGUCAGAUAUGUUCCUAUGGCGUCUCUGAUAGCAACACAUUCAGGAUCACUGCAGGAGACAGAGAUCUGCUCUUCGAGACCUCCAAGCUGACUGAGAUCAUGCAGCUGAUGAAUGCUUACUUCAGUGCCACCCGUCGCCAGCUAGGCAAGGAUGACUGCAUCUCCAUGGAGACAAACCCUAAGCUCCACCCCUCCCUACUUGAGCUCCCCUCUCACCCGGUGUGAAGAGAGAGAUGGACUCGCGCACACCCACACGCACACACUGACUCUGACUGAUGUACACGUGCCUGUGCAGUCCUGACUGAUUGCUUCCCUGUGUUGAGCUUUUGCAAAGAGGACGAACUCAGAUGAGACUGAAAGGAGCAGAUGCUGUGGAAAUAGAAGAGGAGUGGAAGGUGUCCAGGGAGCCACAAACAGGAGAGCAGGUUCAGGAACUCACUUGCUACACCGCCAGCCAAAUCCAGAAAGAACAUGGGGCCCUCCACCGGCCCCUGCCACCUGGGAGCCCGCCAAAUAUCACAGAGAGCAUAAUAGCCUGACUUCAGAGAUGAAUAGUGCAAAAAUCAUUUUCUGAAGUAGUAUUUUUGGCUUGUUUUUUAGUGUUUAAAUAUUUAAACAU